AUGAUGGAUGAUAAGAUACUGCCACCAACACAAGGGUGGAAUCGAACUAGAGCAAUCAGCGAUACAAGUUUCAAGUAUAACAACUCAGUUCCACCAACAUCAUCAACACAACAACACCAACAACAACAUCUACAUCAACAUCAACAACAACAACAACAUUAUCUAGAGUCUGCAUCUCUUUCAUCCUCGCAUUCCUCAAUCGCGCUUGUAACAACUUUGUCAUCUUCACAAUCUUCUCAAGAGUAUUAUGAGAUCUUUGAAGAAGACGACGACGACGACUACUAUUACGAAGGAGAGGCAACAACAACAACAACAACAACAAUAACAGCAGCAACAACUUUGAUAGAGGACGAAGCAGAGAAGGAAGAAAUGUCGACCUCAGCAACAACCAACAGCAGCAGCAGUAGCAGUAGCAGUAGCAGCACCCUUACCCCAGCAAUGAUUGCUUCCUUGGGCUCUAAUGACCCAUUCAUUAGUGGUCACAACACAACUGGACACAAGCACAAGUACCCGACACUGACUCGCACCAAGCGUCGCUCACUACUCAAUGCCGACAUUGUAUCACAGAUAUUCACAAUCGAGGGCACGACGGCAAUCAAGCCUCCCUCUCCAACAGCCGCACCACAACAAUCAAUGCUACAUCCUAGUGGAAUGCCCUCGCCCACAGAGCGCAAGAGGUCCAGCUACUUCAAGGACGUCAACCGGACAUCUAGCAACUCCAACCUCCCCGACAUAAACGAAGCCGAAUCUUCGGUACCCAGCAAUAACAAUGGCAACUGUAACAAUAGCAACAACAACAACAACAACAACAACAGCGCCAUCAGUAGCCCAAUGAUGGUUUCACAAUCACCUGUUGGAAAGUCACAGGAACAAUACUCGUCCUCAUUCCCUGGACAGCCACUCAAGAAGAGGGCGAGUGCUAUCGAGCGAUUUGAGAACCUCUUCAGGAAGGACAAGAAGAAAGACUCAUCUUUGGUGAGCGAGCCAUUGACACCCACUGGAGCUUCAUCUACCUCCUCUUCUGUCAGUCACAGCAGACACGGUAGCAGUCAUACCUCACCUAUAAAGGCGGAUGUGGACACGUCGUUUUCAACAAAGAUCAGGUUGUCCAUCUCUGAGGCCGACCUGAUGCACAAGUCCGAGUCGUCCGACAGCAGUAGCGACGAAGAUAGUGGCCCUACCAACAACCAGACUGGUGGAAAGGGUCCAACCAACAGGGAGUACCAGGGCAAGACCAUGUCCGAGUACAUCACAAUCACACCACCCUCACAAAGCAGUGGUACAACGACCAGAGGCAGUGAUAAUGCUGCCAAUCUAUCACCUCAACGCAAGACGGUCGGUGAGCUAAUCGAUGAUUUUGAAAACUACGAAGAGCAGAGUAUACUACAAUUAAAGAGGUUUAAAUCAUUCGUUGGAACGAGACCAGGAAAGAAGGGCAGGAUAUGUCCUUCAGGGUUGGAUGAUGAUUCAACUACCACCUCUCCAACAUGCUACUCACCACGACGAAGGUUGAGCACAGCAGACAGAGAUGAGGUGUGUCAUGUUUCUGUUCUUACCUGCGAUGGUUGGAGAAGAGAAAUGGACUCGGACCACUUCUCUCCUGGCAGCUCAAGUCCAUACCAAUCAUCACCUGGCCAUCAUCAACAGUUGCUCCUCCUAGAGGAGUUUGAGAACGAGUUGCAACACUAUUCUCUAUCGUUUGGUGGUGCAGAGCACAAGAACUUUGUCUCUGUCGAUCAUACCAAUGCACCAGUGAUAGUCAGUAUCAUGGAGAAAGCAGAGAAGGUAUUGAAGCCAAAGAGGAAGAAGAGUAACAAGACUCUGAACGAUCGUCCAUCAAUCGAUAGGACGCUUAGCAACGUGGGCCAGAUGGAAGGAAAGCACAAGGUCAUUGUCAGAACGAUGGAGGGCGAGGACAGAUUCUACAUACCAUCGUCAGGCAAGUCAUCUUCGAGCGAACUAAUGAGCACUGUCAAGUCACUGUGUCCACCCUUGUCUGGUCUGACCUUCAAGAAGAUAAAGACGACACAAGAGAUAAAGAAGGGUCUACAACGAUGGGAGGAUGCACAGAUGACUAAAGAGUAUAGGUUCGGUAUACUCUACCGCAAGAAGGACCAAUUCACAGAGAAUGAAAUGUUCUCCAACAAUGACACAAGCAGCGAGUACAAUGAGUUUCUCGAGUUCAUUGGCAAGCGCAUUGAUCUCAAGGGCUGGUCCGAUUUCAAGGGAGGUCUGGACGUGCGUGACGAUACCACUGGAACACACUCGAUAUACACGACCAAACAAUUCACAAUUGAUGACCAACAUUCAUUCAAAGUACAGAUCAUGUUCCAUGUCUCCACUCUCCUCCCCUACUACGCACACGACGUCCAGCAACUCGAGCGAAAGAGGCACAUUGGAAACGAUGCUGUGGUUCUAAUCUUCCAAGACCCAGGUUGCCAGCCUUUCCAGCCAUCAUCAAUCCGUUCAGAGUUUAAUCAUGUCUUUGUUGUUGUGCAACCAUUGUCCAAACAAUCACCAUCAGAGAUGACCAAGUAUACAGUGUCCAUUGCGGCCAAAGAGGGAGUUGGCACGUUUGGACCAGCGUUCCCUGCCACCAAGGUCUGGAGAAAGGACAACCAGUUCUUGGACCAUCUCACUGUAAAGUUAAUCAAUGCGGAGAAAGCAGCACUCUAUGCUCCACCUUUCUAUGAAAAGAUGAAGAAGACGAGAGCAGUACUAUUAAAAACGAUAACAACUGGUCAC